CUAGGCAGUAAACUCCCGGGGUGUGUGGAGACGGGGGACACUUCUCUCUCUCUCUCUCCACCAUCCCACCACCGCCCGGUUUGCAAACUAGCCUCACUGUUGCGCAACUGCCAACGAUUCGAGUGUGGCCUCUUCCUAAGUUUUCGGCCGCGCUUCUGGAGCGAAAUGGAUUGCCUGCCUCCUUUCUGAUUCUUCCUUCUCUCUUUCUGAGAUCCAGGAGAGGGUGCGGUUACUAAUCGCACAUGCGUCCAGAUUUAGGCUUGUUGUUACUGUAGGGGGGGGGGAUCUUCUUCCCUGUCGCCUCCUCGUUCCUAAAUUUACAAAUUUGAGCGCCAGAUUGCCCGACUCAACCGCCUAGCUGAGACUGUUGACCUGCUGGGGGGAAGUUGUUUGAGGGAAGGGGAGAAGAUGUAACUUUUGUGCCAGCCUUUCUCUUCUGGAGACGUCUUGCUUGUAGGGGAAUCGAAGGAGCUGGGCUGACGGCACUGGGUUUUUCUAGUACCUCGCAGGUCUGGAAAGAGCAGCCUGAUUUGGAGAGGGUGUUUCCUCCACUCGAAGCAGCGCCUUUUCCAGCUGUCUGGCGUUGGAUGAGCCAAGGGUGACGAACUGAGAUACUGAGGUAAAUAAAACUACUGCAGUAUGUUCAGCGUAGAAGACCUUCUGGUUUCUCAUGGAUACAAGCAAUCUAAAAAUCCUACCAAUUCAUCUGAAAAUCAAAAUGACGGAAUUCAGCAUGAAGAUGUUGGUAGGCGGUCUGGUCAGGCAACUCGGAAUGGAUUACCAACCCAUCCCGGAGCCAUACCAAAGACCAACAAACCAAGGAGUUAUCAAAAUGACAAUGAGAAUAAACCUGUCAUCCAACCGAGGCAAAGGAAUGUCUACCAUGAAGAUUUCUCAGGUCCAGGCAAUGCGCAAGGAGGGCUUUAUGAUCAAUCACAGCUAAGUAGGUCUUCGCACUCCAAGAGAGAUAAAGAUCUUGCCUACCAGAGAAGACAAGGCCAAGAUUUUAGUGUGCAUGGCUAUCCUGACAGAGCAGACUCUGAAACAAAGGGGAUGGCUGCAGCUUGUGCCUUGUUUGAAAAUGAGAAUGAAUCUCAGUGGGAGAUUGAAGAAGGAUUAUAUAAUAUGAGAAUGAACACACGGGAGACCAUGAAACCUGGUGACUACAGAUGGCAAAGUUUAAACAGAGAAACCCGGAACCAACCAACUGCAUUUGGACGACAUGAAUUUAAUACAGAUAAUAAAGAAAGGCUGCUUCAGGUUGUGUAUUCAGGAAGACAAGACAUUGCAACUUCUCAUAUUAAGAAUAAAGCACAGUCUUUCCCAAGAGUUUUUCCCCCAGAAAAAUCUAACUCUGCUGAAAUUCCUUCUUUAGUUAGCAGUAAACAUCAUAAAGUAAAUCCUGAGUUGGAAACUUUGAAACACUCUGAACCAGCAACUAAGCCCAAGUAUGGCAGACCCCUGAAGCCACCUUCAUAUGAAUUUCAUCAACAGACAAGGGGAAUCCUAGAAACCAAUCUACCACAGGAUGAUCAGCAAAAAUGCAAAACCACUUUCUAUGUGACUAAAGUUAAUGAACCAGAUCAAGAUCCUACCUUAGAACCCCCUUUGUACAUACCUCCCCCAUGUUACAAAUCUCCUGGUCAGCAAAGUAAGAAUCAACAUGUCUCCGAAGAAGUGCCUGACUACGAUACAUGCUUUAUUAAGGAAAUGCAGUUGUUAGAGCAGAGUAUUAGUUCUGAGUCUUCAGUUAAUCAGCUACAAAUGGAAGAGGAAGAGCAGAUUUUGUGUAGCAGCAAAACACAUGUGAGGAAUCGGGAGAGACACCUGUCUUCUGUUCAAUAUAUUCCUUUUGAUGACCCUCGAAUACGGCAUAUUAAAGUAAUACAUCCAGCUGACCAUCAAAUGGACAACCAAACGGGAAAUGCAAAUAAUACUGAUUCAAAUGUCUAUAAUAAGAAUUCUGUGGAACAGGAGUUCUAUAAUUCAGCUUUCGAUGUACCGGACUCAAUAAAUAUUGCUAUAAAAUGCAACCAGGUCUCUGGUAGCAGCACAUGGUUUGUGGAAUCCAGUGUAGAUCAGGAUAGUGGCACCUUGUCUACCCAAAGAGGCCGUUAUGACACAGGCAACGAUCUGUACUGUGAAUACCCAAAAGGCCAACCAACUGCUGAAAGCCCAGAUGCAACAGAACUGUCCUCUGAGACUCUGACUAAAGUGAAAACCUUUGAACCUGGAACUGAGGUUCAAGGCAAAAACCAUUUAAAGAAAAAAACAAACGAAACUAUAUUUUGCUUGGUAUCUGUCCCAGUUCAAUCUGAACUGAACAUGCCUGAUUCCGAUAGGAAUAACAGUGUAACACAGGGUGCCUGUGAGAAGGAUGGAUCUGAGGAUCUGAAUCGAGAUCUGAAAGAACAGAGUUUGCUCAGUACAUCUUCUACUGAUCUGGAGCUCCAAGCCCUUACAGGAAACAUGACCAAUACAAAUGAGCUACAGAAACAAGCGUUCCAGAGAACAGAGUUCAAACAAAUUCAUGAUUUCAAGAGCAAGGAGCCUACAAAGCACAAAGAGAUUCAGCAUUCUGGCUCAUGGCCAUGCGAUAGGUAUAAAGACAAGGAAACUCAAACUAGCUUUAAAGAAGAACCCAACAUUCAGCAGCCUGCCCACAGUCCACAAUCUAGGAAAUUAAACACACUGACCAAUGGCCACUUGUUAAAGUACGGGUCAUCUACUACAGAAUCAGCCCCAAGUUUACCUACUGAUAAUAGGAAAAGUAGACCAAUUCCUCCCCCUAGGAAAUCUCUGGGGCAUCUCUACCAGCCCAGCAAAACUGAGUCUUCUAGGGCUAUAGUCCUUAAUCCCAAAGCAGGCCAGAGUGUGUGCCAUACUUCAUCCACAGGGCUUCCUGGGCGGAGAAGCGAACCCAGUUUUGCCCACAAGGAAGAAAGGAAAUCGCCUUGUAGUGUCAAAGAAGCCUUUGGGCAGUUUCUCUUAAAGCCUGUUAGCCGACGUCCUUGGGAUGCAAUAAGUGAACUAGAAAGUUUUAAUAAAGAGAUUCAGAAACAAGAAGAAAAGAAUGAAGGUGAUAAAGAAAAUGAAAAAAAGCAAGAGAGAAACGAGGAGGAGGAGGAGAAAGGAAAGACAGAAGAAAAAUCUUGUAGAGCUGAUAAAGUAAGCCUGAACCACAGAUAUGGUACACAGUCACAAAAUAUAAAAUCAUCCAUUCCUGUGUUCAAAAGGGGGGCUGAUAAAAGUAAACCUGAAAGUGAAAAUGCUUCUAAAAGUUCAGAUGCAAGAGUUGCAUUCAGUGACCUUAGGAAUGUUAGAUCAGAGGAAAGAGAAAUGGAUAAACCGAUUAAGGAAAAAAAGGGAAAUGUUGGUCUAAAACAAAAACAGGAAAAUGCGAGAAAGAUUAUUAAACGGGCUAUUGGUUUGCAUCCAAUGAAAUCGAAUGUUUCAGGUUGCUCGGACAGUAAAAAUUGCUUUAAUCCGUUCAAGAACAUUCAUUCUAUGGAAGCAAGUGUCGAAAACCGUAAGAACAAGGAUUCUGAUAAGAUGAAAAAGGCAGCAGGCAGGAAUAUCCCUGCUUCAGAAACAGCACCUAUAGCACCACUAUCUUUAACAAAAAGGAACCAAGGACGCUCUGAGCCAAAUUUAAGAUCUGUUGGGAUGAAUGUCAGUGAAGGCACAUGCAUUCUUGAUCCUUCUACAAAAAAGAUCCCAUCAAAUGAAUCGCUUCAGGCAAGAGCAGUCAGGAUCCUGGGCAUAGAGGUAGCUGUGGAAUCCCUAACAGCUGAUAACAAAACUCUUCCCAAUGAAGACUCUGACUCUGAUGACAUGGCAGAGAGCAAUGAAUUGUCAAAUGAAAUGAUACUGAGGGCUGAAAUGAAAACAGAUGUGGUUUCCAAAGAAAAGCAAAGAAGCGGCUGGCUAAAGAAAACUUUCAUUGGAGAAAGCAUCUUGGGAUCAAUGAAAAAUCAGAAUUCUGAUGAAGAAACAUGGGAACAGUGUUGUCAGCAGCGUCCUGGUCUUAGCAAACACCACAAAGACCAUGCUCAUUCUGCUAAAUCUGCUGUGCUUCCAUUUGCUGAUAGAAAGGCACUCCCCUCAAACGUAGAAAAGAAAGCUAAAAGCCCUUCCAGAGUGACUGUGCCCAGGCAAGGCAAAGUUGCCUCUGCUGCAAGCCGAGCAGCCAUGGAUCGUUUGGCACGGAUGAAAGAAGUUGAUUCAGUUUCUCGUAUGAGACGUCUCAGCGUAAAGAAUGCCAGAUCAGGUGAGGAUAGAGAUGAGGAACCAGAAGAGAAAGGAAAUGAUGUCAACGUUGGCCGCACUGAAUUUCCCCGCAAACAAUUGCAAGGCAGUUGCGUUUCCAAGCGUAUAAUCUCACUGAAUAAAAAUGAAUGUUUAGACAAUAGAAAACCCCCCCAAAAUGGAAGAGAUUUACUUAGCUCAGAAGUCUAUGAUCCCAGCCGGGUUGAAAGGGUGUGAUACAAAAAGAACUGGCUUUCAAGAGAUUUCAAAUCUUUGUGAGGCAUUUUCCCAGUGGCACCAUGUGGAAAUAUCCUUAAGCCUCAGUGUUUAGAGUAUAUUGGUAGAACAUCUUAUCUGCUAGAGGAGGAAAACAAGUCUUUAUAGAGAAUGUAUGCUUUCUGGAACUUGCAUGAAAGAACGUGUGUAUAUGCACGCAUGCAAAGAUUUCUUAAUCUGGAACCAUCUGUUUUUCAAAGCAUUAAGACUUAAUGCCUCUACUUGGCAUAGAGUGGCCAUUUUAAAACUGAACUGAACAGUGUUCAGUCAGGAUGGUAAACAGAAGGAAGAUGGGAGGGGCUCAGGGAAAGGGUUGCUUUUUUCUCUGUAGAAAAUGUAAACAGGAGAGAUUAAGAAAAUUAUUUUUGAAGAAAGAAUGUGAAUUUCUAAGUUAAAUAUCCAAAGUUCUGAACUCUCAAACCUUGUUGAGCAUUGGCCAUAAAAUGGCCUUCAAGAGAACCACUGUUGCCUUUUCAGUUCAAGGGGAUGCCAGACAACAGGACUGAAUGCCGACUGACCAACUGUGAAAUUGAUUUGGACUUGGUCUGAAACGGCUUUGAGUGGAAUUUCUUCCUUCUUACAUGCCAAGACAAUGUAGACAAAUGCACCCUUGGAGGAGGUGAACCCAAAAUAUGGCAGAUCAUUUUGCCGCCUCUGACCUCUAAUCGAAUCAAACCAGGAUCAUCUCCGCUCUGGCUGCUGUUCUGCCCUCACUGUUAUGUAGUUAAUUCUGUUUCCUUUUCCUCUUUGUAGUUUGGGCUUAACAUUCUAUAUGCCACCAAUUUGCUUGUCUAUUAUAGCACAUCCUUUUCUAAUCCAAGCAACUUUUUUGCAAAAUGUGAUGUAUUUUUCUAUAACAUAGGCAGUUUGCCAGUUUUUUUCAUUGGUAAGAUCUUUUUUUCUUUCCUCCUAAUUGUCUAGGUGAGUUUUUCAAAGAAACCAGCUAAGAACUUUAUUUGUGCAUCUUCUACACAUUCCACAUUAGCCUGUCUCUCUACAGCUGCCAUGCUGUGUAUUAUAAUAUUUGUUUUUGUGUAUAUAAAUAUAAAGGAGGUACCUAAACCUAGACAGGCUUAAUUUUCUUACUGCUUGGAUUGGUUCUUUUAAAUAAGGAUGGUGCCAAUGGUGGUUCAACUGAUUACUUUCUACCAAGUUAGUUGGCAAAAAUUUAAAAACAGCCGUUUAAUAUGUUACAUCCUUAAGUAUGUAAAUUUUGUAUUGAUGCAAAUACUGAAGCCUUGUACUACAAGCCUUGUACUACCCAUUAAUAGGAGUCCUUUGCCUCCAUUUAAUUCUUGGAGAAAAAUCUGUGACCAUCCAUAUGUAAUAACAAGGGAUGACACUUGUUUUCACUUCCCUUUAUGGCAACAAAAAUAUGUAAUUUCAGUCAUUGAAGCUCAGUGCCAUUUUAAUGGUGUUGUGAUUUGUGCCUAUAUUUGAAACUCUUGAGCCAGAUUUUGUAAGCACCUGACUUGGUACAGAAAUUCAAAGAAUUGCCCUGCCUUUAUGUUUGAAUGUUGUAUUUAUAUCUGUUUUGUUUAAUGGCAAUCCAUAUAGGAUUCAUACUUGUAAGCACACAAAGAGUUAUUUUGUCACUUAAAAAAGAUUUUCAGUUGAAUUUAGGGCAAAUCUUAUUCAUUUCUCCAGGAGUAAUAGCAGUUUAAUUUACUCAAAAUUUAUGUACCUAAUUUGUUAUUCUUUUUAUUUGCUAAUAUACUUCUGGAAAUAAUACUUCUGUUUGUUUUGUGUCUUUUGUUCUAUCAAAAUCAUGUUACUUAUUAAGUAUUUCAAAUUAAUAGGCACACACAGAGAUAGAUACACACAUACACACAUUCACCUAGAAAGAACAUUUUCUGUUAUUUGGCAAAAUAG